AUGAGUGAAAAUGAAAUUAAUACAGCAAUUGAAGAAAACAAUAAUCCAAAAGAGGAAAUAAAUAAUAAUAAUAUUAAUAAAGAUGAACAACAACAACAACAAAAUAAUAACGAUAAUAUAAAUACAGAUAAAGUUGAAGAACAACAACCACAGCAACAACAACAACAACAACAACAACAACAACAACAACAACAACCACAACAACAACAACAACAACAACAACAACAACAACAACCACAAGAUCCAAAAGCAAUUUUAGCCAGUGGACUUUAUUUAUUAUUAUCACCAGUUGUAAAGGAAUGUGAUGCAAAGAUUCAAGAAGUUUAUUAUUCACAAAAAACACUUUCAGAUCAAAUUGAUAGUUUAUCACAUGAACUUGAUUCAUUCAAUAAUCUUACACAAAUACCACCAUUACUUCCACAUAUUCAAAAGUUAUUAAAUGCAAGGGGUAAAUUAUUAGCAGUCAAUAGUAAAUUAGCAAUCAUUAUGACAAGAUUAGAUAAACUUUCAAAUAAUUUAAAUACUCAACAACAACAAUCAAUUCAACAACAACAAAAUUUAUUACAACAACAACAACAACAAAAAUCAGUUUCUGAUAGAAUCACUUCUUUAUUUGGUUCAACUAAAAAACCACAACAACAACAACAACAAAUACCCCCAUCAAAUUAA